CUCAGCAUAAAAGGAUUGCGAAAUCUUUGGAAAAUUGUGGGCAUUCUUCUGUGACGACCAAAUCCAAUGCUCAACGUGCAUUGAAAACAUUAUUGAAGAUCUGGAUUAUUGGAGUUCGAUAUUUCCGGCGAUUUGGAUGAAUGCAGUCAACACAGAAGUCAUCAGAGAACUGGAAGUUGAGAUUGUCGGGAAAGAAUCGGAAAAGCAGUUGCUAGCGAGCAAAAGUUAAAUUUUGCAUGGCUGAGCUGAAACGGAAGGAUUCACUCAUAGGUUAAUGCGCCGCUCUGGAUGGAUAGUCGGACAAUGAAGCAUGAUAAAGGCACACAGACGACGAUCAUCCGGAUGUUGAACCGGGAAGUGCAGACGGAUAGUUUGGGAACGGAGACAGAGUCGAGCUGGUCUCGUGAUAUACAAACGGAGCGAAGUCGUUCCAUGGAUCGUUGGAGGGAGCGGGAAAGAAAGAGAUCAUGGAGACCCACCUAUCGACGGGAUUGGACACGGGAGAAAUUCGCCGUGCCACGGUGGGAUAGAAGAUGGGACCAGAAUCGGGAUAGGGAGCGUGAAAGAGAACGAAGAGCACGGCAUCGAGAGGCAGGGUUGUCACCGGAGGCCUCGUCGGUGCAUUUCCCCAAGCCGGUGCGGGCGUCAAGGCAAGGACGGGACAUAACAGAUUCGAAUUCGGUUACCAAGCUGUCGCAAAUAUUCAUCCCGAUGAACCGGCAGGAGUUGGAUCAGUAUGUCAAGGGAACUGCACGGAGCGUAAAUCGAUCAAGAGAUGAGUGCAGUUCUAGGGGUUGUAAGCAAUGGAAGGACACGCUUGACAUAUCCAAUUCGGAUUUGUGGGAUGCUGACUGGUCGGAAAAGAAGGAUAAAAAUCUUAUUCAGUCGGAUGAGAUUGGAUCGACUCUGUUCCUGCAGCCAACGACGCGGGUGAUUCCUCCGCUGGCAUCGCCCCUCAUGGAGCAGGUGCCGGAAAUGCCCCUCGAAGAAGACCCAAGACAGAAUGAUAAUCGAGAGUUGAGAAUCUGGGAAUCGGAAAAUGAGAGUAUUCCUUCCUCGGAGACUGUGAUUGCUAAACGGCAGAAGGUGGAGGAGGCCGUGGAACUGGAAGAAGGCGAAAUUGCUUCUUUGGACGGUGAUCCAAUGAAUAAUGAUGUGGAUCACGGCAGGUCUUCCUUGAUCGUCUCAGAUAGUGCGGAGAGUGAACGUAAAAGAGCAAAAAAGAAGGACAAGACGUUGCAAGACUCGGAACGAAGGAAGAAACGUUCCAAUAAGGGGAAACCGAAACCGAAGUUCCAUGGAAAAUCGAUAAAGGGAAAGCUGAAGGAGCUUUUCGGCACGGAUGACGAUGUUGAUGAUUCACUUUUCGUGCGACCGGAAACAGCCAAAGAAAAGCUCUCGGUGGAUGAGAGAGAAUCUUUGCAUAGCAGAAGGGAGAAUGUCCGCUCGGAAGAUAAGAACGCUGAACAUACAACUAGUGCUAGAAUGCAAUGUUUGGAAUCGACUUAUGAAAUGGUUUUCCCGAACCAUUCAACACCACCACCAUCCCAAGAAUGUACACUGCAAAGGGAGGCCAUUUCGGAGGAAGCUCCAGGAGAGGAUCAGACUCCAAUAAUGGUUGAUGUAGUGGUGGAGCCCAAUAUGGAGGUUUUUCCAGACCAAGUAUCUACUGAAGAAUUUCAACACGACCAACUGCUAAUGGAUGCUUCUGCAGCGAAAACUUCUUCCUCGAAUGAGAUUCUUCCGCUAGAUGAUCUCGUAGAUCUCGUAGAUGCUUCUCCAGCGAAAACGUUUGCAGAUACGUCGCAACAGGUCUACCAAUACAAAAGCCCGGAAGUCGUCGUCUUCUCCAACAAGUACAGUGAAUAUCAUGUGGAGGACAACAACGAAACCGAAACCACCAUCUACAUGACGCGAAAGAAAAAGAAAAAGAACAAAUCCGGUUGUUGUUGAGUUUCUUAAGUUUCUUCAGUUAAUGUU